AUGGACUUGAAGGACAACUUUGUGGUACAGGACGUAGCUGAAGCUUAUAUCGGAGGAGUCGCGCAACUAACAAAAAUGGCAUACGACGCGGGCAUCAACGAAAUCUGGGACACCAUGGACCAAAUGGACCAAAAUAUCAGACAGCAGAGCGAGCGAGGCCUCAUCACAGAUCAACGCGAGCUCACCGAGCUGACGAUGAAGAUGAACCACCUCAACAAUCCGAUGCAAUACAUGACGCCCAUUCUGAUAACAGUCAUGGUCGUCGUUGCAAUUCUCUGCACCAUGUGCAUGUGCGCAUUCGGAUUCUGCUGGUACGUGCGCUUCAACAAGAAGCAAAAGCGACCAUAUGUGAUUGACGAUUUGGAGCGCAAUCGACGAAACGAUUGCCGAGUCAAGAACUUCACCGAAGAAAACAUUCAAUUCGUGAACAACCAGUACUACCCACCACGUGGUCGAAAGGCCGACUCCACGGAGAGGAAACGCUCACGCUCGCGAGCGUCUUCCCGAAAAUCGACGGGCUCCCGAAUCUGGCGUCAGGCACGCAAGAGCUUCCGUACUUUGCGCAAGGAUAAGUUCUGGAAGGAGGUCCCCAAGCUCUACCCUAAUCUCUCCCAGUUCACUCACAGCUCCGAAGCCGGCAUGGGGCCCAUGGCAGGCGAAAACUACUCAUCCCAGGAAGACUUGACCCCGAUCCAUACUCCAACGAGGAAGUACCACUCGGGCGAAGAAAGUGGCAAAUCCCGACGCGGGAAAGGUCACAGCAACUGGGAUGGAGAUACCAAACAGGAGAAGUCCGGCUGGUGA